GAUCAAAUUGACGAUCCAGUUCCCCAGACGUGCGAAUGGAUUCUCUCACAUGAUAAAUGGAAGCAGUGGAAAGCUUGCUCAAGCACAUCUUUGCUUUGGAUUACAUUGAACGCCGGGUGCGGGAAAUCUGUCAUGGCCAAAUUCCUUGUCAACUAUUUCCAAUAUCGCUGUGAUGCGAAUACAGCCAAAAACCUGGCUUACUUCUUCUUCAUGGACGGGGUGACAGGGCAGAAUGAUGCGUCCGCCGCGGUGUCAGCUCUUCUGCACCAGCUCUACUGUUCCCAAAAUCGCCUCAUCAAACAUGCGCUGACAAAAUUUGACGGCACUCCGAUUCAUGUGUUCAACAAUUUUUCGACUUUGUGGGCAAUUCUUGUUAACAGCCUUGAUGAUACGCAAAGAAAAGAUGUUGUAUGGAUUUUAGACGGACUAGAUGAAUGUGAAUCGCGCUCUCUUCGGCAAUUCGUUGAUUCAAUCGCUGCGUUGAUAAAGCGGCCGAAGACCACCAAAUUAAAAAUCAUCCUUCUCAGUCGCCCAACCAACCAAAUACAGCACUCUUUGGGCCUUUUCACCAGAGCAGAUCUGUCUGACGAUAGCUGCAGUAAUAAGUUCAGGCUUGUUGGCGAAAAUGAGUGUGACGCUCUAACCGCCGAUAUUCUUCACUUUGCGCAGUGGAAAAUUGACGAGCUUGCAUCAGCUUCAGCAUUUCCAGAGAAUGUUUUGGCACACUUGCGCGAAAGAUUGGUUGCCGGGGCAGACUAUACAUUCCUCUGGAUAUCGCUAGUGAUGAAGAUGAUCGAAGAUUCCGCGAUAGAUGGAAUAUCUGAAUCUGAAUUGGGAAGAAUAUUGGAAACUAAAAGGAUUCAUGACAUGUAUUGUCAUCUGCUUAAGGGAACAUGUAGGACAAAUCCUGCGAAGACCCGGAGGCUUUUGGCCAUUCUUUUGGCGUCCGUCAGGCCUAUGACAACACUGGGUCAGCGUCUUCAUAAACCAUUUGACAACCAUAUCCGCCAACUAUGUGGCCACUUUGUAAGAAUAAGGCGUGGCAGAAUAUAUUUUGUUCACCAGACUGCACGCUCAUUCUUG